AUGGUGAUUUUGAGGAAGAAGUAUGUGGUGGACAGACCUGUGUACUCUGAGGAUAGCUUUGCAGAAGAUCAUGAGAAGAUCUACAGGCUGCACAAAACCACCCUGGACCAUGUUAAACAGUACCUGACCUGUGACUCAAAGCGUGCCAAGAAUGCGGUACUCUCUUUUCUCCCCAUCAUUGGCUGGAUGAGGAUCUACAGGGUCAAAGAGUGGCUGCUGGGUGAUGUGGUAUCUGGAGUCAGCACUGGACUGGUGGCCAUCAUGCAAGGACUUGCCUUCUCUCUGCUGGCCUCGCUGCCUCCGAGCUACGGCCUCUACACAGCUUUCUUCCCCAUGCUCACCUACUUCUUCCUCGGAACGUCAAGACACAUAUCUGUAGGCUCCUUCCCAGUCCUGAGCCUGAUGGUGGGAGCUGUGGUGACCCGCCUGGUGCCAGAUGAAGGACCACCAGCCAACAUCACAGAGUUUGAGGGUCUGACCCAUGACCAGCAGAGGGUUUUGGUGGCCUCCUCUGUCACCUUUCUCAUGGGGAUUUUCCAGCUUGCCAUGGGUGUCCUGCAGGUGGGCUUUAUAGUUGUGUACCUGUCUGACACUCUGGUGUCUGGCUUCACUACAGCAGCUGCCAUCCACAUCCUGGUGUCCCAGCUCAAGUUUGUGUUGGGGUUGACUGUUCCAGGCAUCAGUGGUCCACUUUCUAUUAUAUAUACGCUGGAGAAGAUCUUUGUCCAAAUCACCUCCACCAAUGUCUGUGACCUGGUGAUGUCGGUGGUGAUCAUGUUGGUGGUGUUCAUAGUGAAGGAGUUGAAUGACAAAUACAAAGCCAAGCUGCCAGUGCCCAUCCCUAUAGAAGUUAUUGUGACUAUUAUAGCUUGUGGGGUGUCUUAUGGCUUCAACUUUGAGAAGAUAUAUGACGUUGAGGUUAUUGGCAAAAUGGUUAGUGGGUAUGAGACUCCCGUUGCGCCCAGUGUGGAGGUUUUCCAGGAAAGUGCUGUGGAGGCCUUUCCUGUAGCCAUAGUGGGGUUUGCCGUCGCCUACUCUGUGGCCAAAGUCUACUCCAUCAAACAUGAUUACACCAUUGAUGGCAACCAGGAGCUCAUUGCAUUUGGGGUUAGCAACAUAUUUGGCGCAAGCUUCAAGUCGUUCGCAGCCAGCACAGCGCUCUCCAGGACGGCCGUGCAGGAAAGCUCAGGAGGCAAAACACAGAUUGCAGGGUUGAUAUCAGCCAUGAUGGCGAUGAUUGUAACCGUGGCACUUGGGUUCCUGCUAGAGCCGCUUCCUAGGUCUGUGCUGGGUGCCUUGGUCAUUGUCAACCUGAAGGGCAUGUUGAUGCAGUUUAGAGAAAUCCUGUACCUGUGGAGGAGGGACAAAACAGAAUGUGUGGUGUGGGUGGGAACGUGUCUGGGUUCCAUCCUGCUGGGACUGGAUCUUGGUCUGGCGGUGGGUUUAGGGGUGGAGCUACUAACAGUUGUCUUCAGGACUCAAUUCCCCCGCUGUUCUAUCCUGGCUAACAUUCAAGGGACCGACCUCUAUAAAGAUUGUAAAGAUUACCUCAAUAUAUUUGAACCAAAGGGAGUAAAAAUCUUCAGAAUACCCUCGCCUAUUUUCUUCGCAAACAUUGAGUUCUUCAGGGACAAACUUAUAGAAGCUGUUGGAUUUAACCCUCUGAGGGUUUUGAGGAAGAGGAACAAGGCUAUCAGGAAAAUUAAGAAACUGUUAAAGGAACAGGGUGGUGACACUACAGAGAAAGGCAUGAUGGAUUUCUUCAGCCAAACAACCGAUGGAUCUUACAUGAACAAAGAGGAGCUUCCCGAUAACGUCAGUGUUCCCAGAGUGGAUCUCCACAGCUUGAUCCUGGACUUCUCUGCUGUCUCCUUCCUGGACAUCUCUGCUAUGAAGGGGCUUAAAAUGACACUCAAAGAGUUCGUCCGCAUUGAUGUGGACGUUUACAUCGUGUCAUGUGAUGCCUACAUCCUGGAGAAGCUACACAGCUGUAUGUUCUUUGAUGAUGAGAUUCUGACCUCCAUGUUCUUCCCAACCCUUCAUGACGCUAUGCUGCAUGUGUUGGAAAAACACAAGGGCGACAAAAGUGAAGACUGUGCGUUGGAAAAUACCAAAAUGUAGAGGAACGGUCUACAAAAAGAACCAUUAUUCACCUGCA